GUCUUGCCCACACACUGUGACACACUGCUUGGCGUUCAACUGACGGUUCUUGUUUUCAAUGUGCUAGCAGGAUCGAAUCGAACAUUACUCGCCCCGUGUCACAGCCUCAAAUGGAAGAAAUCAUCACGAAACGACUCCACAUCUCCGGCCUCACGCCCGCCAUAACUCCAGAUGAUCUUGCCAAACGCCUGGGCAGUUUCGGAGCGGUCAAGGCCAUGGAUGGUUUUGGUCUAACGGAUGCUGUUGGACAGCCUCGCAAAUUUGGUUAUGUCACCCUAGAGGCGACAAAGAAGAACCUGGGUCGAUGUGAGUCCUCUGCUCCGGUUUGCUCCUUACCUCCGCACGUCGUAGCUCGCUUGAACUCAUGCGUAGGUAUGAACCUGCUCAGCGGAGUGACUUGGAAAGGCACGAAACUACGUAUCGGAGAGGCGAAGCCUGAUUUUCGCGAGAGAAUAGCUCAGGAACACGAUGCUAUGAAGCGCACUGCGUCCGAUCCAGAUGAUGACCGCCCGACAAAGCGACGCCGGCUCCCUCGAGGUGUGCAGGGCGUACACGCCGCGGACAUGUCCCUUGUCACCCCGGAGAACGUCGCGAGUCGUCCGGGCUGGCGAGUUACAGCCCUCGGCCGCAUCAUUCGUCCAAUACGGAUGCGUCCAGAACAUCCUCUACCUGACCCACACGAGGCAGCUAUCCCACAGGCGAAGGGCAGGGUUGCCCAGAAGGUGGUAGGGAAGAAAAAGAAGAGGGUCAAGGACCCACCUACACGGGCGUGGAGGCGGACUAUCGAUCCUACGAGAUGGGGCUCGGAGCACCUAAAGGGCAUGUUUCUAGAGAACGUCGUUGUUGCCAGCGUUCCCAGAAACGUGCCAGCUGUGAUGGCCAGGGAAGACGCAUAUGAAGAGAGCUCAGGCACGACGUCGGAUGGCGACGAGGCUGAAAGCGACAGCGCUUCCAGUACGGAACGAUACGCCGGGAAGGAACGACAGUUGGCUUCGCCAGUCAAUACUGGAACGUCGCGGCAUGUAUCGUCAACUCUACGUGCCCCUGACCCCGCUGUAUUUUCCCGUACUGGGGUGCAAAAUAUCGCACAAAGCGACUUGAAAGAAGAGACGCAGAAAUCACUCGGCUUGUUGCAAACAUUGUUCGGAGCUAAGGGCGACGACGAUUGGGGUGAAAAGGAAAGCGUAGGGUCAGCAGUCGAUCAAGACGAUCAGGCAUCGCCGGAGGCAGCGACCAUGCCUGCGGACCUCGUAGAGCAUGAAGAAGACGAAAAUGAUGCGGGAGACGUGAAUGAGGAGGGUGAUGCUACGGAUGCUGGGGCUUCAACAGAUAAGUCUUUGCCCGAUGCAGCAAGCACAGCUAUUGCACCUAUACAAGCUACUAAGCUCAAGGACCUGUUCGCGUCUAGGGAAGAAGAUGUUGGCUUCUCAUUGCUGGGACACUUGGACCUCGAUCUCGAGCUGGACGAGGAAGUCGAUCUACAUUUGCCCACACGGAGUCAGGCUCGGUCAGAGCCUGCAGCCUUACCACUGCCAACUGCGAUACCUUCGCUGCCUUCAUUUGACCCGAAGGCACCGCUGUUCUUCCCUCUACCUCCGGAGGAGCGCAAUCGCGGACGCGUAUACGAUGUACUUGAUCCGACAAAUUGGAGGACGUGGUUCUAUCGUACGGACUCUGAAGAGGAUAUACAAAAGCGGUGGGAAGCGGCCAAGGGCGAGUUGACGAGUGGGUGGAAGAGGCGACAUAGGGAGGCUGUGAAGAGCAGACGGCGGAGAGGUGGUGGACCUGGAGACACGGAAGCCUGAGCGAAACACUGUUCAUUCUGUUCGUGGCGGCCUGCUGGUGGUGCAUUGCUUUCACCUAAGCCCGGGAGCUCCAUCGGUAUGAACAAUCACCGCACACGACGCGCAGACGCGGGCCGUAUGCGUGCCUACCUCGAGGGCACCAUGAUAACUCUGCGUGUGCCGCUGAUGU